GUCCUCGCAUCAUAACCUCCUGGAGGAAGGAUUACGACUGUGCCCGCUGCCAAUAUCCAUCCGCUCCCGUCUCCCUUCGCUCAUAUUCAUUUGUACCAUACCUCCCCUGGCCUUUCCGUCUUGUUCCUGUCCGAACCCGCGGACCCGGAGUCGCCCAACAUGCCGCCCCGACGUACGCACACCAAGUCCCGGUCGGGCUGCUCCAACUGCAAGCGCCGAAAAGUCAAGUGCGACGAGGCCUAUCCAACAUGUUUCAAUUGCAAGCGACAAGACGUGCCGUGCAGUCUCUCUGGUACCAUUAUCGACCCCCCUGAUACCAACCGCCUCGCUUCUCAUUCGCUGCAGCCGAAUAUUCUUCCUCCGACUCCCAGUUCCAGCGAUGAGAAUGAUUUCACACCUCCAAGCGACCAUGCCUCGGCCGCCAUGGCCACCGUCGCAGAACAGAUUGCACCGUUUCCGCCCCACGAGCUCUGGAGCAAUGACUUUGAGCUCAUGCACCACUACUGCACUGUGACCGCCGAAGCCUUGUCUACUCAGCGCGAGAUGCGUCAUGUAUGGAGAGUUGUUAUGCCCAAGGAGGGCUAUCGGUACCCAUUCGUCAUGCAUGGCAUCCUCGCCAUCUCUGCAACCCACAAGGCCUAUCUUCUUCCCAACGGCCGCAAGAAAUAUUUGGCAAUGUCCGACUACCAUCAAACCGUGGGCUCAGAAGGCUUCCGUUCGGCCUUGCAGAACGUCUGCCCGGAAACUACAGUGCCAAUCUUCUGCUUUGCAUCCAUUGUCAUUUUCUUCGUGUUCGCUCUCCCUAUCCGCUCUGAAGGUGGGAGAUUGGAAGCUCCCAUACAGAACUGGCUAGAGCUUGGUACUCUCAUCAGAGGCAUAAAGACGAACCUCUCACCGCUUUUGCCUGGCGUUUUGAGAUCCGAAUUUGCACCCAUCGUCUAUGGAGUUUGGCCCAUCGAGGGCGUCGGUCCAGUAGACAAUAUUCCAUCUCUUGAAAACUCCCUUCUGCCUCUAGAUACCUGGGAUGCGAUUGGGAGACUUCACGAUUUCUACAAGACCGACCUACCUUCCACUAGCUUGGAGCAUUAUCUCAAACUCGUUGACAAAUUGGAAGAAAAUGCCAAGCUUAUUGCACGCGCCGGCCCCUAUGUCGAAUGCGGAGCGGUUAUAGCCUGGAUAUAUGGCAUACACGAUAGCAUCAUCAUGGACAUUGCCGCAUAUAGACCACAUGCGCUCCUCAUCUUGGCGUAUUAUUCCCUCUUCCUUUCCACACUAGAAAGGAAUCACUGGUACACGAAAGGCUGGUCAAAGCAGCUGAUAGAGGAUAUCGAGGUCCAUUUGAUUGGGCAAACCAAAUUUCUGGAGCUUUUUCAAUGGCCAAAACAGAAACUAGCCGAGUCGCACCACUGGCUCUAAGUUCCUGAUCCAUGACCGUAU